ACUCACAAAUUUACUCAGCCUUCUCUCUCUCUCUCUCUACUCAUUUUUUUUCAAUCGCCUCUUCAAAUUAAUCUUCCGAUUAAAAAAAAAAAAAAUGAGCUCCGGCGCCGGCAGUGGAACAACCAAAGGUGGCAGAGGAAAGCCAAAAGCUACAAAGUCCGUUUCUCGAUCUUCCAAAGCUGGUCUUCAGUUUCCAGUUGGUAGGAUCGCUAGAUUCCUUAAAGCCGGUAAAUACGCCGAACGUGUCGGUGCCGGUGCUCCUGUUUAUCUCUCCGCCGUUCUCGAGUACCUCGCCGCUGAGGUAUUGGAACUAGCUGGAAACGCAGCAAGGGAUAACAAGAAGACCCGUAUUGUACCACGACACAUUCAGCUCGCUGUAAGGAACGAUGAAGAGCUUAGUAAGCUUCUGGGAAGUGUUACAAUUGCUAAUGGAGGUGUUUUGCCUAACAUUCAUCAGACACUUCUCCCAUCAAAGGUUGGAAAGAACAAAGGCGAUAUCGGAUCCGCUUCUCAGGAGUUUUGAUUCUUUAAUAUGAUGGUUACUCUCUUUGUUUGAGUUUUAUGCUUGUAACAUAGACUGGUCUCUCUGUUCUACAACAGUUUUGAGAUUUCAUAUUACUUUAAAAAUGUGUUUGCAAAUCGAGUGAUGAAUAUGGUUUGAUACUUAUUUAGUUCA